AUGAAGCUUAACGUCGCCAACCCGGCCACUGGUGCCCAGAAGUCCUUCGAGAUCGAGGAUGAGCGCAAGGCUCGUAUCUUCUACGACCUCCGCAUGUCGCAGGAGGUCGCCGCCGACAACCUCGGCGACGAGUGGAAGGGCUACGUCCUCCGCAUCACCGGUGGAAACGACAAGCAGGGUUUCCCCAUGAAGCAGGGUGUCCUCCUUAACCACCGUACCCGCCUUCUCCUUUCGGACGGCCACUCGUGCUACCGCCCCCGCCGUUCCGGUGAGCGCAAGCGCAAGUCGGUCCGUGGCUGCAUCGUCGGCUCCGACAUCCAGGCCCUCUCCGUUGUUGUCGUCAAGCAGGGCGAGAACGACAUCCCCGGCCUCACCGACGUCGUUGUCCCCAAGCGUCUCGGCCCCAAGCGUGCUACCCGCAUCCGCCGCUUCUUCAACCUCUCCAAGGAGGACGACGUCCGCCAGUACGUUGUUCGCCGUGAGGUUACCACCAAGGCCGGCAAGACCUACACCAAGGCCCCCAAGAUCCAGCGCCUUGUCACCCCCCAGCGCCUCCAGCGCAAGCGUCACCUCCGCUCGCUCAAGAAGCGCCGCGCCGAGGCCCAGAAGGAGGUCAAGGCCGAGUACGACCAGGCCCUCGCCAAGUUCCACGCCGAGAAGUCUGCCUCCAAGGCUGCCCACAAGGCCGCCCACUCUACCAAGGCCUAA